CAUCAGAUGAUAUCUUGAAUGGUCACUCAACAAGAACAUUCAUAAUCUUAAUAACAAUAUGACAUCAGCAAAACCCCUCACACGCCCUUCGACACUCAUCGAACUCAUAUCUUCCCGUUUACCAUCUUCCUCCCCCCUCCCACAACCCUUUCCUCCGAGAGGAUACAAAACCCCUCUUCGACCUUUCUCUCCUAACCACGGUGAACUACGUGACAUCUUCCAUCGUAUCCUGACCCAACCAAAUGAGAUCUCUUCAAUCCUCGCUCAAUCCCAUCGAAUACUUGAUUCUCAACAAGAUGUUCAUUUCUCCUCCCCAACUCGGAUUCACGCCCGAAGUAGGUUAUACGACCGACUCAUUUACGCUUUCUCCCGAGCUCCAUUAUCUCCAGCUUUACCAUCCAUCAACGAUCUACUCAAUCGACAAUUGAAAGAAGGUGUUCCUGUCCUUCCCCGUUCUCUCACCACAUUAUUUUAUUUAGCUGGUCAAGCUGGAGAACCGAUACUUCCUCUGGUUCAGAAGACACUUCAUCUUUUACCUCCAGGGUUGGAUGUUCAAUUACUAGUAAUGAUUUGUCGGACUAUUGUAAGAGAAGCUAGAGGCACACCUGAGGAUAUCGAAAAGAUCAUCGCGGCUUGUUAUUCCGCCGAAAACAAAACAGAGGGAGAAUGGGAUUGGUCAAUGUGGGAUAUCUUGGUUUCUGCUCAUACUAUCUCUGGAGAUUUACGUGGGGCUUUAGGAGUGUUGAAAAGAUAUAGAAAAGUGUUGAAGCGACA